AUGACUCUUCUGGUUUUUCCAAUUGCAAGAUCUCUUUUCUUCUCGGUUUUGGUCAAACGAAACGGUGAUACAAAACAAACCAAUGCUUUAGCUGGUUAUGGCUCCUCUAUUGGUUUGGAACUGGAUGGAAUGACAAGAAUGGAGACCCUGGACGGAGCACCAAAUGCAAGCCAACCUGUGUUACAAGUACUUUUAAAGAUCUUUUUUUUUCUUUCUACUUGGUUGGUUAUUCUCUCCUAUGAUGUUGGUCUCUUCAAGAUCAUUUCUCUACUGCUUCGGUUUCGCCUAUACUAUUUGAAAAGUGUCCUUGGUUCUUCAUUUAGUUUGAAUUUUAUGAUUGAUACAUCAACACUGGUGAAUCAUGUAAUUAAGGCAUUGGACUUGGUCGAGGAUGACUGGUGUCUAGGAUCAUUUAUGAAUCUAGAGGCUGGAUCUAGUGCUCAAGCCGUGUUGUUUCAUGCUGGAGUCCUUGGAAGUCCUGCCAUUUGCGGUAUGGUUUGGAAAGAGUUAGGGGAUAAUAUCAUAACUGGUAUCAUGAUUGUCGUCUAUACAAUCAAAUCAAUCCUUCCUUCUAUUGUAUGGGGAUUGAUACGGUAUCGCUGUCAGAUGAUAUACGCGAGAUACAAUGAUUGUUGUUUAUCUUUAGCUGGUUAUGGCUCUUCUAAUGAUUUGGAACUGGAUGGAAUGACAAGUAUAGAGAUGAUGAUGAUGAUGGCUGGUAAUAAGAGAAUAUCUAUUCUUAAAAAUGAUAGACGUAAUGUAUGA